AUGGCUUCCAUCGCAGACCUCCCCUACAAGAUGCACGUCACCCCCGAUAACACGGGACUCUGGCAUAUCCAGCAGACCGACGAGGCCGCCAAGAAGGUCUCGGAGCUGCUCCAGGAGGACAUGGAGAAACACCACGUCUUCUUCAACUUUGAGGGAUUCCACAACCACAUCCCGCACCACCUCCUGGCCCUCUACGGCACGGGCGCCGCCCCGCCCGCGCUGGCCGCCGCCUACGCCAACAACGCGUCGUACCAGCGGCCCGCGCUGGCCCCGCACAGCAGCGGCAGCGGCGCCGCCGCCGACGACGAGGAGAAGGACGCGCGCUUCCUCCCCUGGCCGGAGGCCGCGCGGCCGUAUCUCGGCCGCGAGGAGUUCUACCCGGACUUUCUCCGCUUCUUUCAGCGGGAGAUUCGGAGGGAGAGCAGCAGCAGCAGCGGCAGCGGCAGCAGCGGCGGCGCCGGGGGUGGGGGAUGGAAGGCGGUUGUGAGGAGGUUUCUUUUCGGGGUGGAUGCCACUGGGAAGACGGGGGGGCAGGCGGCCGACGACGAGAUGAUGGUGCGGCUGUUCGCCGGCGUCCUGCACCCGCUCAUCCAGCUCAUGUACGGCGUCGAGUGGGCGCAGGAGGCGGUGGUUGCCGAGGCGCUGGCGCAGACGGCGGUGCAUGCGGGGUAUCUGGGGGAGUUCCUGCUCGGCGCGGAGCGGGUGGCACGGGAGCGGGGCGGGCCGCAGCAGGAGAGGGUCGGGGUGAUGGAGCUGCUGGAGGAGGUGCGGCGGAACGAGAAGAUUGUCCGGGCCGCGAGGGACGGCUUUGCGAAUAAGAUCCGGAUGGGCGUGUUGGCGGGCGCCAAGGACGAGAUGAUGGCGCUGGCGGCGAGGGUGACGGUCCGGCCGGAGGAGGUCGAGGAGCGCACGGCCGAGAUGUUCAACGCGGCGCUGUUUGUCGCCGCGGCCGCCGCGCUGGCGAAGGAGGGCAAGCAGCCCAAGUUUGACUUCGUCUUGAUGCACCACGUCAACGCCAGCCCGUUCUUCGUCACCAUCAGCGCCGCCGACUGGGUCCCGGCCGAGACCAAGGCCCGCCUGCUGGAAUGGAAGAUCCGCAUGGAUUUGCUGCAGUAUGCCACCUGCGGCGUGGCGGAGCUGUCGCUCGAUAAAUUGCCGGGCUACCAGCCCAAGAAGCCCGAGGCCGGCGGAUCACUGGCUGAGAUCAUCGCCCGUCUCCACACCUUCCCCGACGACGGGCACGCCAUCAAGCUUGAUAUGAAGCCGAAGGCCGGGACUGGCUGA